CACCCAAGGUCUGCGAUGCCUGCAAAAACAGAAAUGAAGACGAUAACGACAUCGUGGAAAACCUCUGCAAAAACGACUUUGCCUUGAAGAUAAAAGUGAAGGAGAUUGCCUACAUCAAUGGGGAUACCAAGAUCACCCCUGAAACAAAGAGCAAAACCAUCUACAAGCUGAAUGGGCUGACGGAAAGGGAUCUGAGGAAGAUCGUGCUCUGGCUCAAAGGUGGCCUCCAGUGUACCUGCGAUGAGAUGAACGACAUCAAUGUCCCCUACUUGGUGAUGGGGCAGAAGCAAGCUGGGGAACUGGUGAUCACGUCUCUGAAGCGGUGGCAGAAAGGGCAGCGGGCUUUCAAGCGGUUCUCCCGCAGCAUCCGCAAACUGCAGUGUUAGUGGCUUUCAGCGGCAGCCACCUCUGCCCCGAGCUCUCCAGGCCUCCAGCACCUUCUUGCUUCGGCCCCUCUGAGCCUUGAGAUGCCAUGGGCGUGAGACAAGAGAGGGUCUCUGAGAGGGGAGGGAGCCCUCAACUCCUGUACAUAGGUUAAAAUGUAAUAAACAAAAAAUAUCAUAACGAUUUUUGGGAAGCAUUAAAGUAUCUUGCUU